AUUUUUCGAAACUACGUGUGGCGGUGAGUGUGUGUAUGUGAAAUCAAAAUCAAAAGAAAAAACAAUGAAACUCGUGCUAGCUGUGAUUUUUGUGUUCUUGACUUUCUCGGCCGCCGAUGUUGACGGCGACGUGCAGUGUGGAAACAACAAGUUUUGUCGUGUCGGAUUUCGGCCAUUCAAAUACUCGCAAAAAGUCCGGAAUGACUUCCAGCUUCUACGAGUUAAAGCUCAAGAACUGGAAAUUCUGUCGACAAAUCGGAUACUCGGAAUACGAAGCGACGCGGACCUGAGCACGCUGAUCUCAUGGCAAAGCGAGCUGUGUCGUGACGAUACCGUUGGCUUCGUGCUGGAUAAGAACGUCAGCGAGUAUCGUGUCAGCUGCGUGUGGACGGGCUCCUCACAGCUUGGACAGUGCCGUGCGGUUCCGCCGAAGUACAUGGCGGAAGUGUACAGCUUUAUUGAGGAGGACGAGUGGGAAGAGAAGUUGCAGAAAGUGCGAAACGCCAUCGGAUGUGACACCUCGGCAGCCGUCAACUUCCAGGAAUUUGUAGAAAUCAAGCCACCGAAAACGAAUGGAGCUCAUGGUGCAUCGAUUAGAAAAUCCGGAGGAAAAACGAAUACAACCGCAAUUCGCUAUGUGAAACGUCACAGAACAUUGUCCGAAUUCGUGAUUUGCAAUGAUCGUUGUGUUCAGGGAGGAAUCGGAUAUUCAGCCUCGUUGGUCAUCAUUUUGGCGUUGGCAAUCUCGUUUUUUAAGAACUGUAUUCAGGUCGAAUAAAUAUGAGCUUUUU